AUGGCAGCUGCCGUUGCCUCUCUAUUUGGAUACAAAUCCAAUAACUUCGUGGAAAAGAAGCUCCCAAAGGAGCCACAAAAGGCUCUACCUGCUUCAUGGUAUUGCUCGCCAGACUUGUAUGAGCUGGAGCGACGGGCUAUUUUCUCUAGGAAAUGGAUUCUGGUCACCCAUAAGCUCCGCUUCACCAAGCCUGGCGACUACUUGCGAUUUCACGAAGCUGGUUUCUCUUUCUUCCUUUGCCUCGACCGCGAGGGCAGCUUGAACGGGUUUCACAAUAUUUGUCGUCACCGUGCCUUCCCGUUGGUAUCAGAGGAUGAUGGCAACGUCAAGAUUCUGUCUUGCAAGUAUCAUGGAUGGUCGUAUGGCCUGAACGGAAAACUCGCCAAGGCCCCACGAUUUGAUGAUGUUCAAGGAUUUUCAAAAGAAGACCAAAGAUUGUUCCCAGUGCAUGUUCAUGUUGAUGCACUAGGGUUCAUUUGGGUGAAUCUCGACUCUUCACCUAAUCCUGUGCCUUGGGAAGAGGAUUUCAAAGCGGUCGACACCCAAGAGCGUUUUCAGAAUUUCGACUUCAGUCAAUACAAGUUCGAUCAUACAUGGCAAAUGGAUGGCGACUAUAAUUGGAAAACAUUAGCCGAUAACUACAACGAAUGCUAUCACUGCACAGUCGCACACCCGGAUGUCGCCAAUCUUGCCGAUCUGUCAUAUUACUACACGGUCUCUACUCCUGGCCAUAUUCAACAUUUCUCACGGCCUAAGCAGGAUAAAGUGGAGAAUGAUAUCAAAAAUGCGAGCACUUAUUACUUCCCGAAUGCGUGCAUGACUGUCUCUCCCCACUUCUUCUACAUGAUGCGAUGCGUUCCAACUUCAGUAGGAACUUGCUCCAUGGAAUACGAAGUCUACCGACACAAGGAAGCAACUGAUGCAGAUUUCGAGUACAUUGACGCGUUUUUCAAGCGAGUACUAGCUGAGGACAAGUAUCUUUGCAACGAAGCCCAGAAAAAUCUCAACGCCGGAGUUUUUGUCAAUGGGCAACUUCAUCCCGAGCUGGAGAGCGCACCACUGUUCUUUCAAAACACCGUUCGGAGCUUACUUCUCAACCAUCGAAGGGAAGAGCAGAAGGAACAGCGGGAAAUUUGGCCAGCUCGACAGACCUCAGCUGGUUCAGCUACUGCUGAGGAUAUUAAUUUUUGUUCAGGAUUGGCGUGUUCGGCGGAGAGUAAUGGCAAGCUGGACUGGUAG